AGAAGUUUUCUUACGCUUUGUUUAUCAGCCGGGUGCAGCAGUACUGCUAGAAGACUUAUCGUCUGUCGAGUUGGCUUUUUUGCUGAUUGUCUCACAGGCUUUGUAGUUUCGCUGCUUAGUGCGCUUUUUUUGUCUAAAUAAAAACUAUGUCGGCAAACGGAGCUGUUCGGGACACUACAGACGCGAAGCAGGAAGAAGGACAUCAAAUGUCAGCGGGGUCUUUGCCUGAUUCUGCCUCCAUGGACGUUGAUGCCAAGCCCCCCUCCCACAGCUUCAGAUACAGCCUCAGCUUCCCCAGUAUAGGCCAGUGCAUCAUCAUCAACAACAAGAACUUUGAGAAAAACACAGGCAUGAAUCAGCGAAAUGGCACAGAUGUCGAUGCGGCCAGUGUGUUUAAAGUGUUUUCAAAGCUGGGGUACAAAGCGAAGGUUUACAACGACCAGACGGUUGAACAGAUGAAGACGAUUUUAAGUGCAGCAUCUCGGGAAAAUCACGGCAGCUCUGCCUCGUUUGUCUGUGUUCUGUUGAGUCACGGAGACGAAGGUGUGUUUUACGGCACCGAUGGCUCAAUCGAGCUCAACCAACUAACGUCUCUUUUCCGAGGCGAUCGCUGUAAAUCACUGGUGGGAAAGCCUAAAUUAUUCUUUAUCCAGGCUUGCAGAGGCACUGAACUGGAUGGAGGUGUGGAAGCAGAUGGCUCAGUGGAGACCACUAGGAUUCCUGUGGAGGCAGACUUUCUGUAUGCCUACUCCACCGCCCCAGGUUAUUACUCUUGGAGGAAUACGAUGUCGGGCUCCUGGUUUAUCCAGUCCUUGUGUGAUUCCAUCAACAAAUAUGGGCAACAGUUGGAGCUGCAGCACAUCAUGACCCGAGUCAACCACAAGGUGGCAGUGGAGUUCGAGUCCGUCUCCUAUUCACCAGGCUUUCACGCAAAGAAGCAGAUUCCUUGCAUUGUGUCCAUGUUGACCAAAGAGAUGUAUUUUUUCCCUUGAUGUCAUCUGAGCUUGUCUAAGCAAAGGUUUGUGUGGGGAGCUGUGGUGUACUUCAAGUCUUUCUACCUGAAGCUCUGUUGGAAGAAAAAAAAAAGUGUUUCUUGGGAGCAAUUGUGAUGCAAUGUUUGUAGUUUAGUUUCUCUGGCUUGGAGUUAUUAGUGUCUCACUAUAUGGAGUUUGUUUUUACAAGGGUUUGUAUUCAUCUUUUUAUCACAGCGGCACAAUCCUCUGCACAUAUAACCUUAUAAAGGUUAUUUGAAAGCAAAAAAAAAAAGGUCUAAAUUUACAGGAUAGUCGGAUGUACUUUUGCUGUUUAUACUAUAAACAUUUCAGGGAAUAUUCUUGGAGCCACUUGAUAGGAAACUAGACUCGUCUAUUAUAUUUAUCAUGAAGCCAUCUUUGGCUUUAACAUUCUUUAAAUGAUUGUUCAUUGUAGGUGGAGUGAGUUAAUUUAUAGUUCAUUUUGAAAUAAUUAUG